GCAUUGACCAGCGCUACUUGGAUGAAUUUGACCAUCUCUUAGAAGUGAGUAUUACGUUUCCAUGAAUGAAUAAAUCAGUUCUUUCUUGUCUGGAGCAAUGCUGAAAUUCCAAGAGGCUGCUAAGUGUGUGAAUGGAUCGACACCCAUUUCCAAUUAUCCAGAGACCUUGAUAGCAAGAAGAUACGUGCUCCAACAGAAACUUGGCAGUGGAAGUUUUGGAACUGUCUAUCUGGUUUUAGACAAGAAAGCCAAACGAGGAGAGGAACUGGCCGAGAUCUGGACCGUAAAAUUCAGGAAUAUAAGGAAGCUGGAAAAACCUUUUCAGAAAAUCAAAUAAUAGAAUGGUUUAUCCAGCUGCUGCUGGGAGUUGACUACAUGCACGAGAGGAGGAUACUUCAUCGGGACUUGAAAUCAAAGAAUAUAUUUUUGAAAAACAAUUUACUUAAAAUUGGUGAUUUUGGAGUUUCUCGACUGCUAAUGGGAUCCUGUGACCUGGCCACAACUUUAACUGGAACUCCCCAUUACAUGAGUCCUGAGGCUCUCAAACACCAAGGAUAUGAUACAAAGUCAGACAUCUGGUCGCUGGCAUGCAUUUUAUAUGAGAUGUGCUGCAUGAAUCAUGCAUUUGCUGGCUCUAAUUUCUUGUCUAUUGUUUUAAAAAUUGUUGAAGGAGACACACCUUCUCUCCCUAAGAGAUAUCCAAGACAACUAAACUCCAUCAUGGAAAGCAUGUUGAACAAGAAUCCUUCAUUGAGACCAUCUGCUAUUGAAAUUUUAAAACUCCCUUACAUUGAUGAACAGCUACAGAACCUGAUGUGUAGAUAUUCGGAAAUGACUCUGGAAGACAAGAAUUUGAAUUGUCAGAAGGAGGCUGCUCAUAUAAUUAAUGCCGUGCAAAAAAAGAUCCACCUGCAGACUCUGAGGGUGCUGUCUGAAGUGCAGAAAAUGACGCCACGAGAGAGGAUGCGGCUGAGGAAGCUACAGGUGGCUGAUGAGAAAGCAAGGAAGCUGAAAAAGAUUGUGGAAGAAAAAUAUGAAGAGAAUAACAAACGAAUGCAAGAAUUGAGGUCUCGGAACUUUCAACAGCUGAGUGUUGAUGUCCUCCGUGAAUUUGAUGAGCCAACUUCAGAGAAGCUGCAGGAGUCUCAGCCUGUUUCUUUCCUGAACUUCAGUGAAUUUAAGUCAAGUGCAGAGGACUCUACAGCUGACCCUGGACAUCACGAGAUCCCGGAAGACCCACUUGUGGCUGAAGAGUAUUAUGCUGAUGUGUUUGAUUCCUGUUCUGAAGAGAGUGAGGAGGAAGAAGAAAUAGUGUUCUCAGCAUCAGAGGGAGAGGUCAAGGAUGAGGGACCCCAGCCUCCUUACCGAACACACCAGCAGGACAGUGAUAUUGAAGCAUUGGCCAGGUGUUUGGAAAAUGUUCUAGGUUGCACCUCUCUAGACACAAGGACCAUUGCCAGUGCAGCUACAGACAUGUCUCCAGGACCAUCAGUUUUCAACAGCGCAGUAGCUGGGACCAAGAUGAAACGCAUCAAGGAAUCAGCCAUACAGAAACUGGGGGCAGAGGUAUUUGAAGAGGUCUAUAAUUACCUCAAGAGAGCAAGGCAUCAGAAUGCCAGUGAAGUAGAGAUUCAGGAGCAUCUCCAGAAAGUGGUGCCUCGGGCCAGCGACUGUUUUGAAGUGGAUCAGCUCCUUUAUUUUGAGGAGCAGCUGCUGAUCACAAUGGGAAAGGGGCCUACUCUCCAGAGCCAUCACUAAGCAACUCUCAAAAACAAGCAGAAGUUCAAAUGGACAAUUUUCGGUGAAAAUCCAUUGAACAUAGAAGCUGGACUCCGUACUGGGAAAUGAGCAUAAAACUGGAGCUGCCAUCUUUACUUUCAAUUCCUUAUCCAGAGUAGUAAACAUGGCUGUCCAUACUCAGAGUCAUAAGUGUUGUUUAGACUAUGGCUGAGAAAAUGUAUAGAUCAAAUUUGACUUCUUGAAAAGCAUUUCUCUCAUGUGCUCUCGGGGCUUCCAGGAGGGUGGAACCACCCUGAGAGUGGUCUGGUAGAAGCUGCAUGCUCUUUACCAUUUUCAACUGAAGGACACAACUCAGUGCCUGUCUGGGCUCUCCAUGGAUUGCUCACAGACUGCUUGUGAUGGUCACUGGACAACAGACUCUAACGUGCUGAGCUGCAGCCAAGGAGUCAGACAUACCUAUCUCAGCUAUCCUAUUUUUGGUUUACCUUUUUGCCCCAGGGUUAAGAAUGGAAAAUAUG